ACCUCGCAAUUUUUUUCUUUCUAGCCUCAUUCUCUCCCAUGGCCCUCGCGUGUGCAUCUCAUCAUGUGCGCCGCCUCCUCGUCCACCCCGGGGCCGGAGCUCCGGCGAGGUCCUUCUGCGCGCAGCCCUACCAAGCCAAGGUAGGCGUGGUGGGGUUCCUGAACGGGGUCGGCAAGGGGGUGGAGACGCACGCGGCGAAGCUGGAGGAGGCCGUCGACGGCGAACCCCAGAGUGUGCCCGAGACCCGCCCGCUACGGCGCAAGAAGUUCGGUGGCCCCUGCAAGCUUAGAAAGUUGAUUUUGAGCUUUCCUCACAAGUACCGUCUUGGUCUUUCGAAGCACCCAGCAGAAGGCAGGAAAGUGCAAUGAAGUUGGCGUGUCCACUUUGAAAACCAUGUGCUGUUAUUGGGAUGAAGCAUGUUGUCUGAUGUCUGUGCUGCAAUUUUGAUGUCACAAUCAGAAUGUUGUCUGAUAACCCAACCAAUAAGUGGCGCUCUUGAUCUUGUAGUAUUAAUCCUAAUUAGAUUUGGGAUUCUGAAAUUUGUCUACAGUUUUUCUCUGUUACAG